GGGUUCGGGGUUUGGGUUUGGGAGAUAAAAACCGCCCCGUUGCCAUGUCAUUUGUCCAACAUUUCAUUGGGCUAUGCAGCAAGAAGUUCAACAGUGUCUCUCUCUACUCCAUCAACCAAUUGCGUUCGCACGAUGAAAGGGAAAAUGAAAAAGAAGAUGAAACCUGAUAAACUCGCAGACAGUAGAAGAGCCGCUGCUGAGGUGAAAAGUGAAAAUUUUGAGCUGCAAAUCUGGGUUGAUCUCCCUGUUGAACUCUUAGAGUUGAUCUUCUCUCGCUUGAUUGUGGCGGAUAACAUUCGUGCUUCUGUUGUUUGCAAGAGAUGGAAUUCAGUUGCAAGUUCAGUACGUCCAGUGAACCAAUCACCCUGGCUUAUGUAUUUCCCAAAAAAGGAUAACCGAUAUGACUUCUAUGAUCCUGUGCAGCGAAAAACCUAUUCCCUCGAGUUUCCAGUGUUGGAUAGGUGUCGUGUUGUCUAUACAAAAGAUGGUUGGUUAUUGGUAUGUAGGAAGUGGUGGCCUGAUGGUCGUCCGUAUUUUUUCUUUAACCCCUUUACUAGCGAGCUGAUCAAGCUGCCUAGAUUCAAUGGUGCAAACAUUGCUGCUUUCUCUUGUGCUCCAACAUCAACUGAAUGUGUUAUAUUUACUGUUACAAAUGUUAGCUCUACUAUUGUAGCUAUUAGCACAUGUUGUCCUGGGGCAAACAAAUGGACAACUGUUCAUCUCCCAAACCACUCUCAUUUUUCCUGUUGCAUAAGGACUAAGACUGUCUUUUCUAAUGGGUUGUUUUAUUGUCUGAGUUACGAAGGUUUUCUAGGAGUGUUUGACCCGGUUGAAUGUACUUGGACUGUUCUGGAAGUACCUCCACCCAGAAGCCUAAAGAGUUUCAUUGCUAGACAAGGGCGGAAAGGGAAAUUUAUGACAGAGCAUGGAGGAAAUAUAUUCGUAAUUCAUAUGCUUUGUCCAGAGGGCCCAAUUAUUUCCAAGUUAGAUCAGACACUAAUGGAAUGGAAAGAGGUGAGAACGCUAGACGGCGUCACAGUUUUUGCUAGCUCUUUGUCAUCUCCUUCUAGGACUUACAUCACUGAAAUAAUGAGAAACAGUGUCUACUUCUCUAAAGUCCGAAUCUAUGGAAAGCGUUGCAUAUCGUUCUCUCUUGACGAGCAUAGAUAUUAUCCCAAUAGGCAGUGUCAUGACUGGAUAGAACCAGAAGCUUUUGAGAACGUCUGGAUUGAACCACCAAAGGAAUUUGCUGGCUGGAUGUAAAAAAUUACGGAGCAAGUAAGCGUUUCUAAAGUCUGCUGAGUAGAGGAACCUUAUUGUCUAACAUGAUAUCUAUGUUUGAGUGCGGGAUUUGGAUUCAGUCUCGAGUGCUUUGUGAUUAUUAAUACCGAGUUUGGACGGUUCAUGUCACAUGUUCAGAGUUCAAGCAGGCUGUACAUGUGAUGUUAAUAUUUACUACAUGAAAAUAAAUUUGUUUUUGAUCUCUA